CAGAUAAUUCUAGAGAAAUGUUUGUUUGAAUAUUAAGCGACUAGUAAUUCGAAUAAAUUUCCAUCAAGUCUAGCUUCAUUUAUGCAAAUAUUCAUCAUCUCAUCAUGGAUCUGCGCGAGCGCUAUAUCGGCCAAAGCAUCACUGCCGUACCAACGCCGGCUGUUAUCUUGGAUCGAGCCAAGAUGAAAAAGCAUUGCGAUUCCAUGUUGGAGGUAGCCAAUACUCUUGGUACAGAUUUCCGCGCUCACAUAAAAACUCACAAGACCACAGAAGGCGUUCGUCUACAAGCAGGCUCAGACAACCAAACUGUAAGGCUGAUAGCAUCUACAGUUGCGGAACUCGAGCAUGUUCUUCCAGUGCUACAAGACAUGAAGCAGAGCUCUCGCUACGUCAACAUGCUCUACGGGAUACCGCUUCUUGCCUCGAAAGUUGACCGUCUGGCUGCCCUUGCCCGUCAACUGGGCCCGGAUUCCAUAUCUGCCAUUGUUGAUCACCCCGUACAACUUGAUCAUUUAGUGCAGUUUUGGAAUACUGCUGGGCUCCCAAUUGGCGUCUACGUCAAAGUGGACACUGGCUACCACAGAGCCGGUCUGCCAUCUUCCAAACUAAACAAGGACAAUCUGCUUGCCAAGUUGCUGGAUCUCGAUCAAAAAGGUCAAAUCAACUUUCUUGGUCUAUAUUCGCACAGCAGUCUCAGCUAUAAUGGCUCCUCUGCAUCAGAGGCCCUGGUUCAUCUUGAGAGCGAGAUUGAAGGCUGCCUGGAUGCGCUUCAACUAUAUUCCUCAUUCUUUACAACAAAAAAGGACAUUGUGAUUAGCGUGGGGGCAUCUCCGCAAUGCAUAUCUGCUAAGGCAUUAGUUGGAAACAGUUCUGAUGCUGAGGGGCCAGAUGCGACUCGGUUGAGACAGCUUAUCGCCAAGGUCAACGCUGCUCAAGCAUCUGGGCUGCGCACCAAGUUGGAGCUACAUGCAGGCGUAUAUGCUAUUCUUGAUAUCCAGCAGCUGUCAACAAGAUCAUGGGAAUAUGGCAAUUUCGAAGAUGAAAUAGCGAUUUCAGUUAUGGCAGAGGUGUGCAGCGUGUAUAAUGAUGGCGAGCGACAACAGCCCGAGGCGCUCGUUGCUGUUGGAGUGCUUGGUCUUGGUCGAGAGCCCUGCUUUUCGUAUAGCGGCUGGGGUGUUGUGCAUCCUAGUGCGUACACUACCGCCACCACGAAACCCGAACGACGACUCAUUGUCAGCCGAGUGAGCCAAGAGCACUGCAUCUUGGCCUGGGAGACUAACAAGCAAGACGGUGACGGCGACAAGCUGCCGCCUAUCCCUCUAGAAGUUGGACAGAAGAUCCAGAUUUACCCUAAUCAUGCCUGUAUAACAGGAGCCAUGUACCCUCACUACUUUGUGGUGGACUCUUCGACGGAUGAGAAUACUAUUCAAGAUAUAUGGGUAAGGGCUCGUGGAUGGUAGUUUGGUAGUUGGAAUUGUCUGCCCUCGAAACCAAAUAAUAAACAAUCAAAGGGGUUUUCUAUAAUAAUACAAUUACAUUAAAAACAUCUAUGGUAGAUUGAAGGCUGUCCGGUAAUGAUGCAGCACGCGUAAACGAGAACCGAAUCAAUCUUUUGGCUGCGAUAUGAACCACGCUUGCCGCCGCCUCCAGAAUCAUUUACAGCCUGGAAUAGGCCAAGAAUAUCGUUACCGACCAGACGCUCGGUAUUUAUAAAUUUGAUGGCCUCCAGAAUUUGAAACAAGGGGAAAUUACCCUCCUCCAAACUGUCCUGCGUGAGGUGUCCAACCAGCCACUGUUGCGUCCAUUGACCAAUGGCAAAGCUGCGAGAGUAUAUGGCAGAUGCGAGUAAAAGAUUUGCAAUGCCAAUUGUGUAAACAUUGCAUGAUAGACAAUCCUCCCAAUUCAACCCAGCCGCUAUUUGUAACAAUAAUUGCCCCCAUGCCACACAUUCUUCGGUAUCGGUAAGGUCUAGGGUAUCAUGCUGGGGUUCCGGUGAACCUUGACGAGCCUGGUUUGACUCAACGCGGCAUGCAAAUAGUCUGGCCAUGGAGUAAUAUGCAAAAUUCAUAGCAAAAUCAUGAGACUCAAAUUUUAGCGGCUGAAUAUGUAGCUCGCCGGUACCCGACAGGGUAGGUAGAUUAUCCGGCUCUGGGGAGCGCGGUAAUUCCUGGAGUGUAAGUGACUGAUGCCAUACGUCCAACUGUUUUGAAAACUUUUGAUGAUUCGUAGGAGUAAGUUUAGAUUUGUUUGUGGUUGAAAUAUCGGCAAACGCAGCUAUCGUACCAGCAGUACAACAACGAUGCGUGUCGCAGAGGAUGCUGAGGAUCAUGGCGCGCCGUGUAUGCGGCGUAUUUGCAAUAGCCCUCAUAGAUAUGGAAGCAAUUGGUAGAUGAUCUUGGAAAUAUUCAGGAGUACCAAAAUAUGCCCGCCGCCACCAAGUCUGCAUCCGGACCUCGAUCCAGGCAGCAAGCAAACCUGGCGAAUGCCGCGCCAAGUGUUCAAGGUUGUUCUGUAUAAGGGUCUCGGCUGCUUGAGAGUGGAAAUUUAAGUUUCCAAAACUGCCCAUGGAUGACUCUAGAUAGCAGAAUAGUACAAUGACAGACAAGGCUAGUUGUGGAUGAGCCUUGAGGUCCUCAUGUCUCCAUUCGCCGAUCCGCCGCAUCAACCCUCCAUACAGCUCCAUACUGAACUGCUCAUCAGCUUCAUUGGGGUGGAAUAAUCUGUCUAUAGUGCCACUCUGGGCCAGAAGAUUCGGUCUCGGUGAUAUUCGGCUGAGCCGGCAAGCAGCAAGGGAGAUCAUGAGCGCUCUUGGGACUGGCUGGCGGGUAUCCCAAGCGUCGAGUUGACGAAAGGAUGAAUGUAUGGCGGGGAUGCAUCUUGUUUGCCACACAGGUAUGUAGUAUGCAACUUCGGCGCUGAGAUCACGAGUGCUCAGAGAUAAGAGUGGUAGAAGGUUGUUUACUGCAUGUUUAUAAUUCGUUAUGCUGGACGUGUAAUCAGUUUGGUGAUGCUGGCCCGAAGCAGCCGUGUCGUCAUGGACUACCCGUAGAGAGGGCGAAGAUGGAAAGGCCACAACGGGCGAACAAAACUUAAGAGCCUUUGCUUCGCAGCGGGUGCCAAAGCGAACACAGCCUCCACAUAUUGGCUUUGUCUCGUCGCACUUUGUGAUGACAUGGAUGAUCAGCGUGGUGUUGUCACUCUCAGCCUAUUCUUUGUCGACAACGCACCUUCUUACGCCGUUUGCGGCAAGCCAGACAUCCCGUUAAAGAGCGGCGAAUCUCUGUUUUCCUUGGUCUUUCUGGCGCUGGCUUAUACAUGCGGUUUUUGCGGUCGCUGAUUGGUGUCGUAG